GGCUCACGGUCAUGGUGUAUGAAAAUGUGUAUGAAAAUCAAAAUAUAGUCUGCAUUUGCAGACUACUGCAUGUUUUCAUUUGACCUGAAGUUUCCGCAUGCUUUCUUUUUGCUUCGACUAGCAAUAAUUCUGUUGACAGCUGACUGGUGGUAAUGGCGUCGGUGAAUGAGAACCCAAAUGAAGAGAAUAAAGGCUACUUUGACAUGCUUCCAGAUGUGGCGUUAAUCGAAAUUUUGUCAUAUCUCCACGCAACUGAAGUCUCCAAAGUAACCAGUAUCAGCAGACGCCUUUUCGACCUGGCGCUCACCCGUACAGCGGGGCGCAAUGUGAACCUCUCUGGAUGUCGUGACAACACAUGGGGCUGGUUGCUAGACUACAUGAAGACACUCUCAGGUGUGAUGAUUGGAGCCCUGGACCUGAGCCACAAUCCUUGGAUAUCGGCCAAGUAUUUUGAAAAACUCACCAAUUUCAUGGUCAAUGUCACGUGUUUGGAUGUGACAGGAUGUUGCAUCAGUGAAAAGUGUAUGGACAUGAUCCUAUCCAAGGCGACCAAGCUCCACAAGCUGGCUUAUACCGAUCGCAACUUCACUUUCAUCUCUGCACCUGAAGAAGGAUCCUCUCACGAGGGAGCCCUGAGCAGCGAGAGCCUCUGUACCCUCUCUGGAAUCACCCAUCUCAGUAUUGCAUUCUUGAUGUGCUGUGUGGAUCUCUCUCUGGUCGCUUACUGUCCCAAACUCACUGCCUUGAGGCUUGAUCACCACCUCAAAACCACAGGCUAUGUACACUGCGGUUGUUCAUUUCAAAAUCUAACCGGUGUUGAAUGGGAACCCGGUAGGAUGCGAACGUCAAUGUUAUGGGAUGAGCAUGUGAUGGUUAUAGCGGAGCAUUUUCAUCACCUGAAGCAGUUCAGUCAGACCAGAGCUCACUCUCUAAUGCAUCCACAACUGACUUACAUCAUGAAGAAUAUUAUCAAACAUUUACUGCUAAACGGGGCAAGCUUCACCAAGCUGUUCUUCUCACGGGCAAUAUCGGCGACUGAAAAUGAUCAAAUUUUCCAAAGUAAGCUAAAUGAUAAGCCUUACUGGUCGUCAAACCUUAGCCACGCAGACAUGCCAUUUGACUUGAAGAGGACUGUACCUUCUCUACGCUACCUCAGAACAGACCUUGUCUGUCUUAAGAAUGUGGAAGAUCACACCUUCAAGCAGUUCCCAAAUCUGCAGUAUCUGCGUUUAUGUCAGGGAACUUCUGAGAAGAUGGAGAGGCUGAUUCUAGAGCUGCUUCCCCAAGUGGCUUCUGCUUGUCCUAAUCUGCUGGGUCUGUGCUUACCAGGAAUUCACAUCCAUCCAACCACUCUGGACACUCCAGUCUCUCAAAUCCUGGGCAGAAUGAAGAAGCUGCAGUAUCUGUCCAUUUCUCCUUGUGCGUUUGGGAUACACAGCCGGACUAAUCAUUCAAUAUUUGACACUAAAGAAGACAUCGCAGAGAGGGCCUCAGCGCUACCCAAGGGCAUUGAAAAUAGCCAGACUCCUGAUGAUUUAGGAAAGGACAUAUCAGGUCUGGUCCAAUCCUGUCCUGGUCUUACAGAACUAGAACUGAUCAAUCCACAGACUAGGGUCUCCCUAGGGUAUCCCUAUGAUGGCAUCAGCGAUUCAAGCAUUGAAGGCUGCAGAGGAACUUCUAAAGGCAUGGUUCCAACAGAUGAAACCCUCUCUGUCCUCGGCCACCUCAAGUACCUUCAGAGACUUACUCUAGGUGGGGUUUCAGGUAUUCGCCAUGGGGCGGGAUUCAGCACCAUCUUCAAGGAAUGCCGCCAGCUGUCCUUCCUGUCCCUGGCAGACUUUGGACUGAGAGGGCACUGUUCCUGGAUGCCAGCAUUCUGCGAUGCUCUCAAGUUUGCUACAUCGCUGCAGGAUUUAAGGAUUGAUCUCAAGAAUCUUAAUGUAUCAAUUCGGCUUCAGAGUUCACUUCAGCACUGCAAGAAGUUGAGAAGGAUCUGCUUGAUAUCUGAGAAUGGAAGGAUUGAGAAACCAGCACCAUCACAUUUCAUGGAGCUUGUAGAGAGCUGUCCAGAUCUCUAUCUGUUGGUUCUUUUUACGGCAGACUCUUUUCCAGUGAGGAAGAAUCUGGGAUGGUACAUCAAGAAGGGGUGCAAGGAGAUUAGGCCAUCGCUGCUUGUAGACUUUGGAUCGUCAGAAGAGCUGAAGUCAGUAGUGAGCCGAAUGGAUAGACUCUCAUUUGUACCCAACAUCGAGUGGGGAGAGUUUUUUUAUUUCAAGUACCAUGUAUGUAGCCCCGAGAGACACAAUGGCAUCACGUAACAUAGAUCUGAGAGAGCUAGUGUUCUUCAAGCACCAGGUGUGUAAGUCGGAGAAACACGAUGGAAUGAACCAGGAACCAUCCAAGAAGCUCGAUUGCAUCACAUAAUGACUUUCAAGAUUGAUUGUCUCGACUGCUGACGGUAAGAAAGCCAUUCAUAAGACAAGGGCAAGCUCACUUCAGGAGCGACACCCUGGAAUCAUGCAACACUUGUCAAGAAGAGGUAAUAAUGUGUAUUCCUUUGUUUUUCUUGUUUUUCAAAUACGUUAAAGGGCAUUAUUUUGAUGUAAGCAUUUAUUUUGUAUUCUGUUUUUGUUGUUGUAAUGACAGAAUGUCUUAUUUUAAGCCAUGUUCUAUCUCAACCUAAUAGUUAUCAGCUAUGAUAUCUUAGGAGGUUGUGCUUCAAACAUUUUUUGUUUAUGCACUCUUCCUACUAUGUAUUAUUUCUCGAUGUAACCCGCUGAAUUUUAUUAUCUGUAAACAAUUAUUUUACAUGGUGAAUAAAUCAAACAAACAAAUUUGCGCGAUGACAAAAAAUUACAACUUAAUGAAGGCCGAUAAACAAAGUGGUAAAAGAAGACAAGAACUACAGAGUUUGACAUACUCAAAGCAUAAAGUUAUAGGGAAAUAAUAAUGACCUAUGCAUGUAUGUGUACUUCUCUUUCGUGAAUAAUGCACGGUGUAGAUGAUAGAA